CAAAACACGGUCAACAAUAUUAGGGGAAAAAAUGGGCGAAAAUGUUAAAGUCAUUGUGCGUUGUCGUCCCAUGAAUCUAAAGGAAAUCGGCAGCAAGUGUAAUAGCAUUGUGGAAAUUGGUGACUACGUUGUCUCUGUGUUAAAUCCCUCGGCGCGUAGUGCACCAAGAAAAUCAUUUACAUUCGAUAGCGUUUACGAUGGACACUCAAAGACGGAAACAAUCUAUAAUGAUAUGUGUUAUUCGUUGGUCGAAAGUACCUUGGAGGGCUAUAAUGGCACCAUUUUUGCCUAUGGCCAAACUGGAUGCGGCAAAACACACACAAUGCAGGGUGACGGAUAUUCCGGGGCUGUUGAAAACAAUGGUAUUAUUCAGCGUUGCUUUGAUCAUAUAUUUGAAACCAUUUCGAUGGCAACAAGUGUAAGAUAUUUGGCAUUGGUCAGCUACUUGGAGAUUUACAAUGAGAGUAUAAGGGAUCUGUUGAGUGCUAAUAAUCCGACAAGCAUUAAAAACCAUCCACUUAAAGAUGUGCCAGGCUUGGGAGUCAUGGUUCCAACAUUAACCACUCAAGCAGUGAUGAGUGCAACGGAUUGUUAUAAUUGGCUAAAUAUUGGUAAUAAAAAUCGGGUCACAGCUGCCACCUUAAUGAAUGAUAAGAGCUCGAGAUCUCAUACAAUAUUCACCAUAAGUUUGGAACAGAUUCAAGAAACGUGCUCGCCAGGAACAAAUCCAAUAAUUGGGGGUAUACGUAGAGGAAAAUUAAACCUUGUCGAUCUGGCGGGCUCCGAGAGACAGUGUAAAACGGGCGCUUUUGGUGAGAGAUUAAAAGAGGCAACAAAAAUUAAUUUAUCCCUAUCGGCGCUGGGAAAUGUAAUCUCAGCAUUGGUGGAUGGCAAAUCAAAGCAUAUACCAUACAGAGACUCAAAACUAACUAGACUACUACAGGAUUCCCUGGGUGGCAAUACAAAAACUCUAAUGGUAUCCUGUGUAUCGCCAGCCGAUAACAGCUACGAUGAGACUUUAUCCACUCUACGAUAUGCCUGCCGGGCGAAGAGUAUAUCAAAUAUACCCACCAUCAACGAGGAUCCCAAGGAUGCACAGCUGCGACAAUAUCAGGAGGAGAUUAUGAGCCUGAAACGCAUGCUAGAUGAGAAUCAACAGGAGAAUAUUUUACUCAACGAUAGAAACAAGAAAUUAUGGCUGGAGGAGGAAAAGGCCAAGAUGCGACAACAAAUGCAGGACGAAAUAAACGACAAAGAAACCGAAAGGGAGCAAGGAGAGGAAGGAGUGGAAAGAGAUGAGAUUAAGGAGAGAGAUGACGAUUUUCAGUUGCAUGCACGCAAACGCAUCGAUUUAAUAAAACAUGCACUCAUUGGUGGGGAAAGAGUCAACGAUAUACAGCUGCGAGAGCGGCACAGAAUGCGCAAAUUGGAGGCACAACGUCAUCUAAGUGCCAUUGCCCAUGCCCUGAGCCGCAUGCAGAGCGAAGAUCGGGAUUUGUUGCAGGGACAUUAUGCCAGCAUUCAACAGGAGAUCAAUAGCAAAAAUGAACGAAUUAAAAUAUCCAGCCAGAAAAUCAAAAUGUUGGAACGAGAAGUUGCUGAUCUCAAUUCAGAGUUCCAAUUGGAUAGGGAGGAUUAUUUGGAUGAAAUUAGGCAUUUGGGUCGUAAUCUUAAGUUUUAUCAAUUACUCCUUCUUAAAGCGCAACCAAUUUUACGCAAAAAUGGCAAAAAUUGGAAUCCAGAGAAACUUAUGGAAAACUCUUUGUGGAAUGAUGAUAUUAAGUCGUGGAAGCUACCCAAUGAUAUAGAAAAUAAUAUCAAAUUACCACCAGCGGAUCUGAGAGUAGCUUUUCAAAAAAUCAACUUUAUCGAACACAAAAAUUUGGACUUGGAGGCACGCAAUGGAAAAGAUAUAGGUUAUACAGAAUCGGAAGAUAGUACAUUAAUAACUGAGGAAUCACCCGAAUCUUACAAGUCAAAUAUAUUAAAAAAUUACUUUCGACCAAAUCGUAAGUUAAAUGAUCAGUUACUGCAACGAACUAAAAGCUCGCAAGUCUACAUGGGAGAUUUCGCAUUACGCAAAAAUACGCCGCUGCCUAUUAAUGAGAAUCAACUGAAUACAACCUAUAAAUAUGAUUUACCUAGAACAAAUCAUCAAAUAAACACCCUAUAAAAUAAAACUGUAAAAAUUAAAGAUUCAAAUAUAAGUGCUAUAUACAUUUUAAAGAUCUAAAAAUAAUGAAAGGAACAGCAGUCGGAAAAAUGCAAAAAUGUUUAUAUAAAUUUGUAUUCUAUUUAAUAGUAAUCAUCUUUUGAGAAAAUAAACGUGUCUUAACUAACCUA